UUGUGGCUCACACAUGUAGGCUAGCCUUUUAGCGUUGCUGUAUUAGCUGGCCAGCUCCUGGGAUUCUCUUUGGCAAAUUAUAGACGCCGUCUACUUAGUAAAAAUCAUAAAGGAUCACCUCAACAGUUCUCCAUUGCUUUGUUUUGUUUUUACAAGCGGGGGGCUUCCCGCUUUGUUUUUCAUUGGCACCCACAUGAAAAAUUGUUGAUUAGAGAAUCAUGAAGGUGAACAAACCCACACAGGUUAAAGGCCAUACUAAAUCUCAGAAGUGGAAGGAUGUGAGGGGCAAGCGAUGCAGGCCUCCCAUCAGUUCCUCUGAACUCAACUCUUCUCCUGUCAUGGCCAGGAUGAUAAAAGAGCACCAUACCAUUAUGAAGAAAAAACCCAGGGUCAAGAGACUGAAAAAUAAGGCAAAGCCUACCUUCGACUCUAAGAAAAACACUCCUCAGUCUGGACUGAAGAAAUCUUACAGUCACGCUAAUGGAAGUUCAGCAUUUACAAUGGACAAUGAGUCAGAUGACUCUCAGGAAUGGAAGGAGUAUUCCCAGUCCAUUCAGGGGAACGGUGUGGCGACCUUGGCUGACAUGGAGGAUGUACAGCUAGGUAGACUGGAGGGAGAGGCUCUCCAUUUCUGUGCAGAGAGAGAUGAUCGGCAAAACCAUGCAGUACUUGUCAUGCAGAAGGACCAGACCCUGUGCUUCCGUGGGAAGUGCUUUUUAACCUGCUUGUAUGGUCGGGUAGAAGUGAUGGGGUUCACUAUUGAAGAAGGCCAGCAGUCUUAUCCACUCUUCUCCCCAGCCUCACAUUGUCCGCUCACCAUUAGAGCUCUAGAAAACUCUGAUGACACCAGAGAUGUCAAAACUGAGGCUUCACCCAUCCUCCGAAAAUAUCUGUCAGCAGCAUCACGGAAAAAGUUGCUCAAAAGGGUCAUGUCAAACUCAUCCAUCAUCCUACUGGAGCCCAUGGAGACGCCUCUGACACGGUUUCUGUCAAGCUUCACAGAGCUCAGUGAAUUGUUCAGCCCCCUGAUGAGUGAACUCAUGUCAGCUGUUCUCGACACUCCUCUCAAUGGUUUGGGUAUGAUUCCUCUGGUCAGCGCCAUCGAGGGCCUGAAAAAGUCAAAGAGCUACAGAGCUGCUCUUAACACAGUGGUCAGUGCCUGCAGAGGGGACAUGGAUGGUUGUGCAGUUAUCCUGGUAUGUGGCACCAAGAAUGUGGGCAAGUCGACAUUUAUUCGCACCCUCAUCAAUACCUUACUAAAUCACACUACUUGUGUAGAUUAUUUGGAAGGUGACCUCGGUCAAACAGAAUUCACCCCAGCUGGUUGUUUGUCUUUGACAAGUGUCAGAGAACCACUUCUGGGUCCACCUUUCACACAUCAGCGCACACCAGAGCACAUGAUCUACUAUGGUCAGUCGUCAUGCGAGUCAGACUUGGAGCGCUACCUGGAAUCCCUGAAGUCCUUAUGGCGUAGACGCUCCCAGAGCAGAGAGACUCCUGUUAUCAUUAACACCAUGGGCUGGGUCAAAGGUUUUGGAUUUCAGCUGCUAGUGGACAUGAUCCGCUUCUUCCCAGUCUCACACGUCGUCCAGCUCGGUCACAGUGGUACCACCCACUGUCCUGCCCUCACUCCAGAGUUUCUGAGGACAGCACACGGCUGCCAGACUCACCCACCCACGCAGACCGCUCUGGAUGAGUUCACAGACAGCCACAGUCCUCCUAGAAGCUACACCCACCUUAUUGUACAAUCAGAGUUUCAAGCAGUGGGACGUCAAGGAACAGCGAAACACCAGCGGGCUAAUGAGCAGAGAGAGCUGUCAUUGCUGGCCUACCUGAGUCAGCUGCAGUCUCCUGAUCCUGGACCAGUUAGACCUCUACACAGCCUCACCCCGUACCAGGUGCCCCACAGUGCCGUGGCUUUAGGUGUGAUCCAUUGCGAGGUGGUGCCCAGUCACAUGUUUUAUGCUGCCAAUGCCAGUCUGGUUGGGCUGUGCUGCCUGGGAGAGAAAAUAACCAGCAGAGGAGGUCCAGUGCUGCUGUCCCAGGCACCCAUCUGUCCAUGUGUGGGCUUCGGCGUGCUGCGAGGUAUUGACAUGGCACGAGGUCUGUACUUUUUGCUGACACAUGUCGAUCCCUCCGUCCUUCGUAUGGUCAACUGUCUUUUACUGGGAGCCAUAUCGCUGCCUUCCUGCAUCCUCACAUCACAGCCUGGCUUUGAGGGAGAGAUGCCCUACGUCACUACAGACUACAGUUUUGAUCUCUCUGGUGCAGGAAAGCUGCGAGUCUUCAAGGGACUGAUGAGACCUGGUCAGAUAGGGGUGUAAGGACUUUUUUCUGCAAAGCAUCAGUUUAUUGCCCUUCACCUUCUCGACUGGUGUCUUACGCCAAACCAGUCGGCACUGGCCUUCUUUGAAUGUACAGAGCUGAGGUUGAGUCGGGACAGUGUUUUUUUUUUUUUUUUUGUAUUUCAUUUCAAGACUCUGCUGCCAGGAAUACAGACUCUGCAGGAAAAGACGGCAGCUUUCCUGUUAUUGGACUUCCUUUUUGAAAACCCUGGGUGUUCUCACCACUUCUUACAACCUGACACUGUACGUACAUUUGAUGGCUCUAUGAAGGAGUUUUGGGGUUUUCUGUCAGAUGGACAAUAAUGUCACACCUUGUAGUUAAAGCUCUUCUUUGAUGUCUCUUCUUUGUAGGUGACAUUCCAAAAGUGAAUACGUAAACCUGCCAGAAUAUUAAACGAGAAACAACUUUCGUUUGUUUUCUUUUCUUGCUUUCAGGUGCUUUUUAGACCAGUGUCACUAGUGGUUGUUACAAUUGCUAUUUGUUUCACAGUCAUGUAGUCAUACACCCUGUAGAUUUCAAGCAGGCAAUGACCAUCCUCAAUCCAGACAGUAGUUUGUUCAUUUUUGACAGUUGCAUUGUGGGAUAAAAUGUCCACUUAAUAUUGUUUAUACUUACAUCCAACAGGCGGGGUAAUGGAGGGAUUUUUCGCACAACGUGAUCUUUAAAUCUGAUGGAUUUACACAUGAAAGAGGCCCAUUUUGUCAGUAUUGUGUUUUUAUGACAGUCAAAUGUUUUACUGAAACAUUUUUUUUAUUGCUGACAAACUCUGCUUUAACUGUUUUGUGUUUGUUGUUGUGUUUAAAUGGUCACAACAGUGUUAACAGCACUUAAAGGUCAUUCGAGAGCUUUUGUAAAUGUUUACAGUUUCUUAUGUGGGCUCAUGUGAGAUUUAAAAAAAAAAAAGAUCAUUUUGUUUUUUUGGUGCUACCUUUUGUGCCACAAGGGGGCAGCAAAUAGAUGUUGAGAUUUUUCUCUGAACAACAGCAGAUGUUUACUUACAAAAAGUCUCCAGGGCAAGAAAAACCAAUAAAAACUGUAAAGACACAAUCCAAAAAUAGUGAAGAAAUUUAAUGUUUCAUAAUGGUCGUAAAAGCAAAUCAAGGUUAAUUUAAGAAGUGACACCACCCAAGUGACUUGUCCUCGCAUGUAGACUGACAUUUACAUGAUCUGACUGGAGCAAUUGAAGGAGGACUCUCUGUCGUAAACAACCACUCACGCAGUGGAGAAUUGCUAAUUUGUUAAGUGGGUUGUUUUAACAUCCCCUUUCUGCCCCCUCGCUAUUCUUUGUUCACUGCCCCCCCCCCCCCCCCCUUUAUUGAGUGUGGGUGCAUACAAACACAGCACAGCAAUGUUUUGGCAGAGUCAUUGUUUUGGCUUUGUCAGGUCAGAUGUUUUCCCAUAGAUCUCAUGCAAACCAAAGAGAGAACCUGCUGUAGGGGUGCAUGUCCCUGAAUGAACAACACACAUCUGAACAACAACCACAGAUGUUCUAUUGCCACUCAAAACUCCUAAUUUCUCCCAUUUCUUGUGUAUGUUUGACCCCAGAUUUGCUGUGUGGUAAUGUGAUGUAAUGCAAAUGAAUUGGGGAAAAUGCAUCAUGUGA